AUGCUGGAGCAACACAAUGGCAGGCGGCGUUCGCAAUGGCGGAAUCCGUGGGCAUGUUCGCUCUACACCCUGCUGACGACGCUGCUGGGCUUCGGAGCUUUGUUCCUCAUGGUGCAGUCCUUCCUGACACGGCAGUUGGACACCAAGGGAUGCGAAAUGUCAUACAUGCGGCCCGCUUUCGUCAAGUUUGACGACUUCGACACGGAGCACACGCGCUUCGCGAGCAAAUACUCGCUAUAUCUGUAUAGGGAAGGCGGCAUAGACGAGGACAUCAGAGUUAAAGGCGUACCGGUCCUGUUCAUCCCCGGCAAUGCGGGCAGCUAUAAACAGGUCCGACCCCUGGCCGCCGAAGCAGCGUACCAUUACCACAAUGCGCUGCGACAUGAUCCGGCCGCUAACAGGGCGGGAAAGCGCCCUCUCGACUUCUUCACGGUAGACUUCAACGAGGAUAUCACCGCGUUCCAUGGACAGACCUUGCUGGACCAAGCCGAGUACCUGAAUGACGCCCUCUCGUUCAUUCUCUCACUGUACCACACCCCGUCGCGAUCACUUCGCGACUCCGACCUGCCAGACCCGACAUCGGUCAUCAUUGUAGGCCAUUCAAUGGGAGGCGUGGUCGCACGCACCAUGCUCACCAUGCCGAACUAUCAAUCGAACUCUAUCAAUACCAUCAUCACCCUCUCCGCGCCCCAUGCACGGCCUCCGGUUUCUUUUGAUGGUGACAUUGUACGCACAUACAAAGCGGUCAACGACUACUGGCGCCAUGCAUACUCACAGAAAUGGGCCAUCGACAACCCCCUUUGGCACGUCACCCUGAUCUCCAUCGCUGGCGGAGGGCUGGACACGGUUGUACCCUCGGAUUACGCGAGCCUGGCGUCUUUGGUACCGGAAACGCACGGCUUCACUGUUUUCACAUCUUCGAUCCCGCACGUCUGGACUGGAAUGGAUCAUUUAGCCAUUACAUGGUGCGAUCAGGCGAGAAAGAGCAUAGUGCGCGCUCUGUACGAUGUCAUUGACGUCUCAAGGCCGACACAGACGGUUCCGCGCGCAGAACGCAUGCGUGGGUUCAAGAGAUGGUUUCUCACCGGUCUAGAGAGCAUCGCGGAGAGGACUUUACCCCACAAAGAACCAAAAACGCUUCUUACGCUGGAAGAAAACAGCGCAAUCGUGUCUCAGGGCGAGAAGCUGGUUUUGCGUAGCCUUGGGCGGUCUAAGCAGAAGCCGAAGGCAUAUCUACUGCCCAUGCCACCGCAAGGCACAACAGAUGGAAAGAAGUUCACUUUGUUGACGAACGAGAGACUGGACUCGCCGGGCGAAUAUGGAAAGCUCGAGGUGCUCUUUUGCACCGUCUUCCCGCUCCAGGCUGGUCAGUCAGCGGCGCUCUUCUCCAUGAACAUGGACCUCUCCGGCGACAGCUCCGGAUCGACGAGGCUGGCGUGCAAGAAUGCCGCUUCGGAUGUUAUUGCUCUCCCUGCUUCAACCCGUCAUUCGAGCUUUCCUUUCAGGACGGACCAGCGGCCUUUCUCCUACCUGCAAUAUGAUCUUGAGGACUUAUCAGAGCACCAGUUCGUAGCUAUUGUGGACAAAGCCAGCGAGCACAGCAGUGGAUGGGUUGUUGCCGAAUUCAGCGCCGCUGUUGAAUCAGUGCAUCGAGUGGACAUGGGCUUGCAGCGCCUUCUGACCACUGGACUGAGCCUACGACUUCCCGCACAGCGACCUUUGGUGACGGAUAUCCAAGUCCCGGCUUUGCAUUCGAGUCUUCUGGCGUACAAUCUGCACAUCGGCAAACAGUCGUGCGACAUGGGCGAGCUUUUUGCACCUCUCCUACGCCAAUACAUCACGGACGUCUACGAAAGCAAAUUCUUCGUCAAUGUGAAGGAUGCGAAAAUCAAUCUGCACGGCGUCGCACCCUAUAUGCCGCCUCCCUUCCUCGCCAAACACCCUUCGAACGGCUUGUCUCUGCAGAUCUGGUCAGACCCGACGUGCGAUAGCAGCGUGGAGGUCUCCCUGAAGGUGGAUGUGCUGGGCAGCUUGGGAAAGUUGUGGAUGCGAUAUCGCAUCGUCUUCGCUGCUUUCCCUUUGCUUGUCGUUGCUCUAGUCCUCCGCCAACAGUUCCGGACUUAUGAUGAGACAGGCGUCUUCAUGAGCUUCGCGGAGGGUUUAAAUGUGUGUCUACAGACAUCACUCCCAUUCGCCUUCGCCGCCUUGACCUUCCUCUCCAUAUCCCUGGCAGGGGCUCGCCAUCCGACUUCGAAAUCCACGCUGCAUUGGCCGCUCAACGUAGCCUGGGGCAAUGUUACGGACCCUUUCACAUACACAAACCACGAGCUCCUAUUAGGAUCUGAAGAUACGUUCUUCUGGUUCUUGGUCCCGCUAUUUGGGCUCAUGUGCAUUGCGGUCUGCGUGGCUGUGAACUACGUCGCUCUCGGCGUCAUCUAUCUCCUCUCGUUCCUCUACUCAGUUUUCCCGUCUGCGGCUGCUCCGACCGAUGACGGCAGAAGAACCCCCGCAGCAUUCGCCGUGACGUCGACCAGACAGCGUGUCAUAACGACCUGCAUUCUCCUGUCACUAGUAUCGACCGUGAUACCUUACCACUUCGCGUACAUGGUGCUCUGCAUCGUGCAGAUCGCCACUUGUGUACGCGGUUACAAGCUGGCAAGGGAAUCACACCUCGACAACAACUACAACUUCUAUAAUUAUGCGCAUUCCAUACUUAUCCUCAUGGUCUGGAUUCUCCCUAUCAACCUACCCGUCCUUGUGGUCUGGGUGCGAAACCUUGCGGUACACUGGCUUACGCCUUUCUCGUCGCACCAUAACAUCCUAUCGAUAAUGCCCUUCAUCCUCCUUGUCGAGACACUCAGCACCGGACGCAUGGUCCCACGCGUUCAAUCCCGAUUCUGCUUCCUUACCAACGUAUUUCUCUUCUCCAUUGCUGCAUAUGCCGCAGUUUACGGCGUCACCUACGCAUAUGUUCUUCACCACCUUGCGAAUAUACUCUGCGCCUGGCUCGUUGCGAUACAUUUCGACGCAUCGUCACUGUCCGUCGAGAGCAUCAGCAACAUGCUGGAGACUAUGGACCCGGAUAGCGAGACCAAGAAGCGGCCUUGA